CGGCGCCCUGUCUAGCUCGCUCCCCUGCGUCUCCCGGCGCCCCGGGGGAUGCCCCCGGCCGGGCCUCCCCCAUGGCCGCCGACGUCUUCAUGUGCUCCCAGAGCCGGCCCCGCAGUCGGGGCCGCGCCGUGCUGCUGAAGCCCCCGGUGCCCGAGGACGACGACGACUCUGACACGGAUGAACCGUCCCCGCCGCCCGCCUCCGGAGCAGCCACCCCGGCCAGGGGCCAGGCGAGCGCCGCGCUACCGCCGCCCAAGGCCGGGUCGGGCCGCGAGGAGCCUCCGCGCCGCCAGCAGAUCAUUCACAGCGGCCACUUCAUGGUGUCGUCGCCGCACCGGGAGCACCCGCCCAAGAAGGGCUACGAUUUCGACACGGUCAACAAGCAGACGUGCCAGACCUACAGCUUCGGCAAGACCAGCUCCUGCCACCUGUCCAUCGACGCCUCGCUCACCAAGCUCUUCGAGUGCAUGACCCUGGCCUACAGUGGGAAGUUGGUGUCUCCGAAGUGGAAGAAUUUCAAGGGCCUGAAGCUCCAGUGGAGAGACAAGAUCCGGCUCAACAACGCCAUCUGGCGGGCCUGGUACAUGCAGUACUUGGAGAAGCGCAAGAACCCCGUGUGCCACUUUGUCACUCCGCUGGACGGCUCUGUGGAAGUGGACGAGCACCGCCGGCCAGAGGCCAUCACCACGGAAGGAAAGUACUGGAAAAGCCGCAUAGAGAUCGUGAUCCGGGAGUAUCACAAGUGGAGAACCUACUUCAAGAAAAGGCUCCAGCAGCACAAGGAUGAGGACCUUUCCAGCCUGGCCCAGGACGAUGACAUGCUUUACUGGCACAAGCACCGGGACGGCUGGAAGACGCCAGUCCCCAUGGAGGAGGACACGCUGCUGGACACGGACAUGCUCAUGUCGGAGUUCAGUGACACCCUCUUCUCCACACUCUCCUCCCACCCGCCCGUGGCCUGGCCCAACCCCCGUGAAAUAGCACACCUGGGAAACGCAGACAUGAUUCAACCUGGGCUGAUUCCUUUGCAGCCCAACCUGGACUUCAUGGACACCUUUGAGCCCUUCCAGGACCUUUUCUCUUCCAGCCGCUCCAUUUUUGGCUCCAUGCUGCCUGCACCUGCCUCAACGCCUGCCCCAGAUCCCAACAGCCCACCUGCUCAGGAGAGCAUCCUGCCAACCACCGCUCUCCCCACUGCAAGCCUCCCCGACAGCUUCAUCGCGCCCCCCGCAGCCUCUGCCCUGGACCCCACGAGUGGGCAGGGCUGUGAACACCCGCCCCAGCCUGGGGACCCCUUCAUCCAGCCCGCAGACCUGGGUCCCUCAGCACCGCCCCUGAGCGGCCCCCAGCCUUUCUUGCCUGUGUUUACCAUGCCUUUGCUCUCGCCCAGCCCCGCCCCGCCCCCUCCUUCCCCCGUCUUGCCAUUAGGCCCCCCUCCCGCCACUGCCCUGAACCCCUCAACUCCCUCCGCCUUCCUGCAGCCCCAGAAGUUUGCCGAAGUUGGCAAGUCGCCCUCCGUCAUCACCCACACGGCCUCCGCCACCCUCACCCAUGACGCUUCUGCCACUACCUUCAGCCAGAGCCAGGGCCUCAUUAUCACCACGCGCUAUCCACCCCCCUCCGGGUCCCCCUAUGGCCUGGCGCUGUCUCCUGUCACCCGGCCACCAACCGUCGGGCCUCCCCAACCCCGUAUGACUUUUGUGCAUCCCAAGCCCGUCUCCUUGCCUGGGGGGAGGCACAAGCAGCCCCCCAAAAUAGUGCCUGCUCCCAAACCAGAGCCAGUGUCCGUGGUGUUGAAGAACGCUUGCCUCACCCCAGCUGCCUUCCCAGGCCAGCCGCAGGCAGUGAUCAUGACAUCAGGCCCUCUGAAGAGAGAAGGGAUGCUGGCUUCCACCGUGUCCCAGUCCAGCGUGGUCCUCACGCCUGCUGCCCUCACCAGGGCUCCUGGAGUCACAGAGUUCCCCAGCAGCAUCCUGGUGACGGACCUCGGCCCCGGCCCGGGUAGCCAGCAUGCCCCCGUGUCCCAGCUCUUCCCUCCCAGCAUGGUACCCGACUCCCUGGUGAAGGGUGAGCAGGGCCCCCUGCACGGGGGCAUUGCCCAGGUCCCUGCCGUGGGCGCCAGUGACUCAGCUCUCCGCUUGGACCGCUUGGGACCACGUCGGGACUGCCCGAACUCAGGGCAGGCCUCUCCAUGCGCGUCCGAGCAGAGCCCUAGUCCUCAGUCCCCCCAGAACAACUGCUCAGGGAAAUUGCCUGCAGACCCCAAAAACGUGGCUGUUUUAAAGAACCGGCAGAUGAAGCACAUCUCAGCCGAGCAGAAGAGGCGCUUCAACAUCAAGAUGGGCUUCGACACCCUGAACAGCUUAAUCUCCAACAACACCAAGCUAACCAGCCACGCCAUCACGCUGCAGAAGACCGUGGAGUACAUCACCAAGCUGCAGCAGGAGCGCAGUCAGAUGCAGGAGGAGGCCCGGCGGCUGCGAGAGGAGAUCGAGGAGCUCAACGCCACCAUCCUCUCCUGCCAGCAGCUGCUCCCUGCCACGGGCGUCCCCGUCACCCGGCGCCAGUUCGAUCACAUGCGAGACAUGUUUGACGAGUAUGUGAAAAGCCGGACUCUGCAGAAUUGGAAGUUCUGGAUUUUCAGCGUCAUCAUCAAGCCGCUGUUCGAGUCUUUCAAGGGCGUGGUGUCCACCAGCAGCCUGGACGAGCUGCACCGGACGGCGCUGUCCUGGCUGGACGAGCACUGCUCCCUGCCCAUCCUCAGGCCAACCGUGCUGAACACCCUCCGGCACCUGAGCACUACCACGUCCAUCCUGACAGACCCUUCCCAGCUCCCCGAGCAGGCAGCAGAGGCUGUCACCAGAAUCAGCCAGAGAGCCGGGGAGUCCUAGCAGCGCUUAGUGGACACGUGGCUGCAUGGGAUGCCGAGGAGACCCUUCCCCGCCCCCGGAGAGGAGGCCGCACCCCUCACCUCUCCCGCUUUAGGGCCUCCUAGCCUCCUCCUGUGGCCCCAGCCGCUCCGAAUGCUGCGCUCAGGUCUGAAGCAGGUUUGGGUCCUGCCAACAGCAAUAGCCCAGCUCUGGGAACCCCUUGCUGUGAACUCUGACUCAGCGACCUCAGUCACCGACCUCCCCUCGCCUCAGAGAAGCCCAGAUGAAGGGAAACGAGGGGACGCCGCCCCUCCCUGUCCUGUCCUGCUAGGGGGGUGUCGGGGGGAGGGGGGGAGGGGGCGUGGCACCAGUGCAGGGAGCCAACGGGCAGGAGGAGGCCUCACCCACUCCCCCAAGUUAGGACGCGUAAGGGUCCUUCCCAGCUGCUGUCGGACGCGCCCUCCUGUCGCGUCUCUGGCACCCCUGGGCUGUUGGAAGGCUUCCUUCCUCCCCUGACUCUGACCUAAUAGAGCGGAUGUCGGCUCGGGCUUCGCAGGGCCGGGAAACCCUACAGCACAUGUAUGCAAAGCAGUGGGUGUGUAUGCCCCAGAGGAUAAUGGAAGCACCAGUGACGCGGAGCUGCUUCAGUCCUGGAGAUCCCCUGGGCAGUGCUACGGUCUGUUUCACAAGUGGAUUUGGUUCCACUUGGCGUUGCGGCAGUCACGAUGGCACCAACCCGGGAAUCGUGGCGGGGACUCAGCCAGGCCCUGCCCCCUCACACCCCGCCUGCUUCUAAGCCAGGAACAGCCGUGCUUGAUGGACACCACUAGCCCUGUGGGUGCGGCGUGUGAAACACCAGGCUCCAUGGUGCUGCCAUCGACCGGGUCCCCUGACCUGGAUUGUCCAGCCGGGAGCCCCAGCCCAUCCAUCCCAGUUCCUGGACCAAAGACGCCAGCACCCCCAGCAUCUGCCCUGUCUUGCAUUUGGAGGCAGAAAUUGACCAGUCGACACAGAGCUCCGAGGUGGCUGCCUCGGAGCUGUCUCCAGGCGGCUCCGGAUCAGACAGUCAGGAGUUGAACUCCGCUUUGGUCCAUGCAGAGGACUGUGGGGGCAGCAGGCUGUUUCCGAAGGUGGGAGUUACACCUGGAAGGGUUCGGAGGAGGGGGCCCCGGGCCAGUCCUCCUCGCGCCAUGUCUGCGGGAGCAGUUCCAGGCAGAAGGAUGCUCUCUAACACUCAGGAAGCCCAGCCAGGGCUACCUCCUCAUUUAAAGAAUGUGCUUUUCAUGUCCUGCUGUGAAGUUCAGAGGCCGGCAGGCUUCCCCUUCAACCUCUGUCCUCCCUGCCUGAGAUGGAGACCUGCCCGAGCAAGGGCCAGGCCAGGAGUCCUGCGGGCUCGGCAGAGCUGCGGCGGGGCUGCUGCGGGCUGCCCGCUGCCAGGCCAGGAGUCCUGCGGGGCUAGCAGAUCUGUGGCGGGGCUGCUGCGGGCCGCCCGCUGAAGUUCGGAUCCUUUAGGAGGCUCCCACUGGCUCCUGCAGGCCUGUGGAAGGUGCCCUGGGGGCAGCCCCACCUCAGCCUCCGCUGAUGGAGGACGGAGGGGGGUCCUCCCCGGGUGGCCAGCCGUGCCAUUGCCUCCAUCCCCUCAUCUGUGCUCCGGCCCUGUCAGGAGCGCCCCAGCGGCCCCCUCUGCCUCCCCAGAAAACGUGUUUACAGGCCUUCGGAUGGCUCUCCUGAGGGGCGGGCACAAGACAGGCUGGGCCAGCCCUGCGUGUCCCCUGGGAGGUGGGAUGAGAGCCCAGCCUCCCCCCGGGUGGACACAAGGUCUCCCUCCAAGGGGGAAGAGCACUGCGAGGCUUGAAAGGAAAACAAAGGAAAAUCAGAGACGUUCCCGGCCGCGAGGGGCUGCAGAGGGUCUUGUGCUCAGCCGCAGCCCAUUCCUGUGCCUUUGUCCACUGCGUGGGCGGCCGUGGAGCUCGGCCCAGCCACGACCUCUCUGAGAUCGAUAGCUUUCUCCCCACCCCAUGUUGGGGAGUCUUUUUUUUUUUUUAGCUCCAUGGGAUAUAAAAUUGGCCUCUUGCUUCUUUGGCCUACC